AAACAGCACCACAAUAAUAACAAUAUGGUGAUAUUCAUUGGUAAUUGUACAUGUAACCUAGAGUUGUUACAGUUCAACCGUACAAACUACAAUUUGCUGCUCCGGGAUUUGUAGUAAUCUAAUUAGCAAAUUCCUACGGACGUCUUUCACUGGUACACCUGAUAUAACUUGCAGAGGAAAAUAUUGACUAAGGUUUGCAUUUAACUCUACUUUUCCUUUGUAACUCUAUUAGUAAAACUAGUGGCUAGAAAGAUGGCUUCUACAUCCGACUUUAACAAACCGUCCGUUUCUAAUGUAGAAGAAAAGAGAAGUCGCCUCUGCGAUGAGUUUGCGGCAGUAACUGGAGCUGAUAGCGCUGUGGCUCAGUGCUACCUGGCUGAAAAUGAGUGGGAGAUGGAGAGAGCUUUGAACUCCUUCUUUGAGGCUGAUUUGGAGAAAGCAUUUGAAGAAGAGUUCUCAGAUAGUGAAACCAGCCACAAAGCAAAGAAGCAAAAAGUGGAGAAAAAGCCUCCAGGAGACUGUAUAGAUUUGACUGCAGACAGUCCAGCGUCCACACGCAAAACCUCAGAAGAAGACGACGAUAAACUGUCACUUAUUUCCUGGAAUGUGGAUGGACUUGAUACAGACAACCUUGGAGAGCGAGCCAGAGGCCUGUGCUCCUUCUUAGUCUUAUACACUCCUGACGUGGUGUUUCUACAGGAGCUCAUUCCACCUUACGUCCAGUACCUGAAGAAACGGGCAGUCAGCUACCUACUCAUUGAAGGUGGUGAAGAUGGUUACUUCACCGGAAUGAUGCUGAAGAAGUCACGGGUCAAAUUUGUGGAGAGCGAGAUAGUAACUUACCCCACUACUCAAAUGAUGAGGAAUCUGCUUGUAGCUCAGGUGACUUUCAAAGGCCAGAAGCUGUGUUUGAUGACGUCCCACCUUGAGAGCUGUAAAGGCCAAGCAGUGGAGCGGAUGAAACAGCUGCGAGUGGUGAUGCAGAGGAUGAGAGAUGCACCUGACGAUGUCACCGUCCUGUUUGGUGGGGACACAAACCUGAGGGACACUGAGGUGUCCAAAGUGGGUCUGCCCUCCAGUGUCUGUGAUGUGUGGGAGCGACUGGGAAAGCAGGAACACUGCCGCUACACAUGGGACACCAAAGCCAACAACAACAAGACUGUUCCUUACGUCAGCCGCUGCCGUUUUGACCGGGUCUACCUCCGCCCGGCUACUAAGGACGGCGUCCAACACCUGGCCCCCGACCACAUGGCCCUGGUGGGGCUGGAGAAGCUGGACUGUGGACGCUUUACUAGUGAUCACUGGGGAAUCUACUGUAGCUUCUCUGCUACAUAGAAAUGCACAAAACAACCUGAGACAUGCCAAAUAAAGUUUUGGAUCAGCUGGGCUAGUUUUUUGUGUGUUUUUACAGUUUUACCCAGCACACCAUGUCAGUGCUGGGUUCAGACUGCGGAAAUGUUCUCUGUGAAAGAUGUUCUGAUCUCAUCUGUUGGUUACCUGUUAAUUUGAUGUAUUGAUUUGUGUAGUUUUAUCUUCUAAUGUUUUUUUUUUGUGUAAAAUAAAUAAAUGUAGAAAGCUAAAAUGUUAAAAAUGUCCAAGUUUACAACAUUGUGUUGAUGUAAUAUUGGUUUCAGACCACUAGAGAGCACCAAUGAGUGGAAUGGCAAUUGUU